GGGGUGGGAAUUGGGCAACAGUGCCUGAGAAAAUGCUCAGGAAUAGGAAGGAAACAGUGCAUAGCAGCCAUUUGUAUUGACAUAAGAUGUUUGGACUGGAAAGAGUUGGUCCCAGGCCUAGGAAAGUGGUUUGGAAAUGAGGCAGUGUUUGUCCAUCAUAGGAUGCAUGAUUAGGACAUGACUAAAAGCAAUUAACAUGCUUCUCACUCAUCUGCUGAUCAAGUUGCAGCUAGAAAGGAGUUUCCAUGUGGGGGAGGGAUGCCAGGGAGCCAACCAGUGGUUUUGACCCAUCUCCAAUGGGGCACUGAAUGUGAGCUCAGUGCUGGCAGGUGCCUGGGGGAUGCCAUCAGCAAACCCUCCUCCAUUAGUUGUGCCCCACCCUUCCUGGAGAACCAUAAAAGCGAAGGGGGCCUAGGGCUCCCCAGAAACUGUGUUUCCUCUAACCCCCUUCACACGCCUCCACCCAGGGCUUCUUCUUGCAGCCUUCCUCAUCCUCCAUGUCCCUGCAGUCCUCCAUCACCUUCCAGGCUGGCAGCCGCAGGGGCUUCAGCACUACCUCGGCCACCACACCAGCAGCCCAACACUCCCACUUCAGCUCCAUCUCAGUGACUCAUUCCUCAGGGGGCAAUGGAGGGCUGGGGAGGAUCAGCAGUGCAGGGGCUGGCUUUGGAAGCCGCAGCCUCUACAACCUGGGGGGGACCAAGCGAACCUCAGUUGGUGGGUGCAGCAGCAGCUUCAGGAGUAGCUUUGGUAGCAGGGCUGGAAGCAAGUUUGGCUGCAAGUGGGUCAGCAGUGGAUUUGGCUAUGGAGGUGGGGUUGGAGGGGGCUUUGGGAGUCCUGGCUUCCCUGUCCCCUCUGAUGGCAUCCAAGUGGUCACUGUCACCCAAAGCCUCCUGAGUCCCCUCUACCUGCAAAUUGACCCCACCAUCCAGAGGGUGCAGAAAGAGGAGCGGGAGCAGAUCAAAACCCUCAAUAACAAGUUCGCCUCCUUCAUAGACAAGGUGAGGUUCCUAGAGCAGCAGAACAAGGUCCUGGAGACUAAGUGGAACCUCCUGCAAGAGCAGGGCUCCAGGACCGUGAGGCAGAACCUGGAGCCCCUUUUUGAUGCCUACACUAGUGAGCUCCGACGGCAGGUAGACCGCAUCACCACUGAAAGAGGCAGGCUCGAAGCUGAGCUGCGAAACAUGCAGGAUAUCGUAGAAGAUUUCAAAGUCCGGUAUGAAGAUGAAAUCAACAAGCGCACAGCUGCUGAGAAUGAAUUUGUAGCCCUGAAGAAGGACGUGGAUGGUGCCUACAUGAACAAGGUGGAGCUGGAAGCCAGAGUCAACUCUCUGACUGAUGAGAUCAACUUCUUCCGGAUGCUCUAUGAGGCAGAGCUGUCCCAGAUGCAGACUCAGGUCAGCGACACAUCUGUGGUGCUGUCCAUGGACAACAACCGCAGCCUGGAUCUGGAUAGCAUCAUUGCUGAGGUCAAAGCGCAGUAUGAGGACAUCGCCAACCGCAGCCGGGCUGAGGCUGAGUCCUGGUACCAGACCAAGUACAAAGAGCUGCAGGUCACUGCAGGCAGACAUGACAAUGACCUCCGCAACACCAAACACGAGAUCUCCGAGGUGAACCGAGUGAUCCAGAGGCUGAGAGCUGAGAUCGACAGCGUCAAGAAGCAGUGUGCCAGCCUGCAAACUGCUAUUGCCGACGCAGAACAGCGUGGAGAACUGGCCCUCAAAGAUGCACUAGCCAAGCUGGUGGACCUUGAGGAGGCCUUGCAGAAGGCCAAGCAGGACAUGGCGAGGCUGCUGCGAGAGUACCAGGAGCUGAUGAACGUCAAGCUGGCCCUGGAUGUGGAGAGUGCCACCUACAGGAAGCUGCUGGAAGGCAAAGAAUCCAGGCUGAGUGGAGAAGGCGUUUCUCCAGUUAACAUCUCUGUGGUCACCAACACUGUUCCCAGAGGCUAUGGCAGUGGCAGUGGCAGUGGUAUUGGAGGUGGAAGCUUGGGCCUCAGUGGGGGCAGCAGCUACUCCUUCACGACCAGUGGCGGGCACAGCGUGGGUGCAGGGCUCGGGGGCUCUGCCUUCAGUGCCAGCAGCAGCCGGGGCCUCGGGGGCAGUGGCCCAAGCGUCAAGUUUGUCUCCACCACACCCUCCAGCCGGAAAAACUACAAGCACUAA